CUAGGUUUUACUAUCAGCGAGCGUUCUCUCGCUAAUCUUGUCGUCACGUUUCUGUGGUUCUGCGUCUCUCAGACAAAUGGUUAUGCUGGCCUGAGUUUUGAUACUAAAAAAUGAAGAAAAUGGCAAAGAAGAAGAGCCCAUUGGUUUUUAUGGAUGUGUCCGUUGAUGGGGAUCCUGCUGAAAGAAUGGUUUUUGAGCUUUUCCCUGACGUUGCUCCUAAGACUGCAGAAAAUUUUCGUGCACUUUGUACAGGGGAAAAGGGGAUUGGCCCUAAGAGUGGAAGACCACUGACCUACAAGGGAUCCUUUUUCCAUCACAUUCUAAAGGGUUCCUUUGCACAGGGUGGCGAUUUUGUCAAACGAGAUGGUACAAGUGGAGAAAGUAUAUACGGGGAAGAGUUUCCAGAUGAGUCGCCCACCCUAAAGCAUGAUGGACCCGGUCUUUUGUCAAUGGCAAUUGCUGAUCGAGAUACUUUAGGCUCUCAUUUUAUUAUAACCUUUGAGGCUGAUCAUCAUCUGGACAGGAAGCAUGUUGUCUUCGGGAAACUUGUUUAUGGACAUGAAGUACUGAGGAAAAUUGAAAAUGCGGGUGAUGAAGAUGGGAGGCCAACUGUGACUGUUAAAAUCAUCAACUGCGGUGAAUUUAGUGAGAGCAGGAAAAAAGCCAAUAAAUUUAAAAUAGGAAAAGAUGCGUCUUCUGAUGCAAAUAAUCAUGAAGCACGGCGAAGGGGAAAGCACAAGAAAUCCUCUAGGGAUAGAAGGAAAAGAAGAAGAAGAUACUAUUCAUCCGACACACAGAGUUCCUCAGAUACUGAGUUGGAAUCAUCUGAAUCGGAUAGUGAUUCUGACUUGUAUUUGUCGUCUUCCUCUUACACUAGUUCUUCAAGUGAUGACAGGCGAAAGAAGAGAAAGCGAUCAUCUAAAAGAGACAAACAUAGACGGGGGAAAAGAAGUGACAAACGUCGUGACAAAAGGCGAAGGAAGCGCGAUAAGAGAUCCAAGCGCAGAGCAAGAAGAGCAUCAGAUAGUACCACGGAUACUGAGAGCGGGAGUGAAAGCGAAAGUAGCUCUGAUAGUGAUGGAAUUGAUGUUCCUGGAAAAGAUCAGAAGCGGAAUGACCGUUCUCAGAAGACUGAUGCGGCUACAGACCAGCCUCCUUUGGUUGUCGUGAAAGAAAUUGCUUCCGUCCAUCGUAAAAAGAGGGAGGGAAAAUCCCCCAAAGAGAAUGGAGAGAAGAGAAGCAAUGGCAUUGAAGCAGAUGCUAACUCUGACAGGAGCAGAGAUAGACAACCUGAUGUAGUAGAUGAUCACCCAGGAAAAUCUAGGAGCCGAAGCAUUAGUCCUAAAAGGACCAUGAGUAAGAGUAUGAGUAUUAGUCCCAGGAGUCUGAGCAGAAGCCCAAGCGCUAGUCCAAAACGGAAGAUAAGCAGAAGUCCGAGUCGUAGUCUUAGUAGAAGCCCCUCUCCUGGACGAGCAAGGAGCAUCAGCAGAAGUCCUGUGAGAAGUCCUGCUAGAAGUGUCAGCAGAAGUCCAGCAAGUGGAAGGAAAGAGAGAAGUAUCAGUAGGAGCCCAGUGGUAGCUCGGUCUCAGAGAAGUGUGAGUGAGAGCCCUGCGAGGUCCCCAUUGCCGAGAAGCCAAAGCAGGAGUCCACUGAGAACCUCAUCAAGAAAAGCAAUUAGCAGAAGCCCUAUUAGAGUUUCUAGAAGAAGCAUGAGUGGAAGCCCAGUUAAAUCUCCAAGAAGCACGAGCAGAAGCUCAGGUAGGGCUCCUUCAAGGAGGAUUAGCCGAAGUCCUAUUAGGGCACCAAUCCGAAAUAAUCGUCGCAGUUAUUCCAGGAGCCCUAGUCCUGUACGGAGAGCUAGGUCACCUCCUGACCGAGGAAGGAGUUUAUCAAGAAGUGUUUCCCCAGAUGGAUCUCCCAAGCGUAUCAGAAGGGGGCGUGGCUUUAGUCAGCGGUACUCUUAUGCACGACGGUACAGAACCCCAUCUGCAUCUCCUGUGAGGUCUUAUCGUUAUGGUGGUAGAGGUGACCGCGACAGAUAUUCAAGUUACAGAAGGUAUUCCCCUAGACGGUAUCGAAGCCCACCAAGAGUGAGAAGUCCUCCAAGAUACAGAAGCAGGAGGAGUCGAACACGAUCUGCAUCACGGAGCCCACCCUACCGUAGUCGGCGUUACAGUCGCAGCCGUAGCCCCAUUCGCAGCCGUUCGCCGGUUGAGCCCUAUAGAUCUCGUGUCUCUCCGCGGGCUGAGAGAUCACUUUCUAGGAGCAGGAGCCCAUCCGAAUCGAAGUCCUCCCUGGACUCUCAAUCUCCUAGGCAGGCUAGCAAAGACAGGUCAAGGUCGUCGUCCGGCAGUCUGGAUGGGAAGAAGGGCCUGGUUUCUUAUGGAGAUGGUUCUCCUGACUCGGCCGAAAGAUGAAAUCAUAGAGCAGUGAAGGCAUUGAUUGUUCUUGACGAACUCAUGUUGUCUUUUUAUGGAUUGGAGGCUUGCGUUUUUUAGCUGGACCCUGAACUUCUGUUUUCCGGUGUUGCUAGAUUAUAUAGUUGCUAGUAAAAUAUUCAGCUGUGAUGCUGCUAUUUAGAAUUUUAUCAUUGCUGGAUGUUUGGUAAAUGGAGAAUAAUAUGUAUAACUCGGAUCGUUCGAUGCUCAGGAGGGAAAAGCUUAUCAUUGAAGCCAUUUCAAGGUUAUGGAGGUCCUCAAGACCUUGAAACGUCUUGCUGUUGCAUUCA